GGAAGUGAGUAAAACAACGUCUAACCGAGGGGAGGCGGCAUUUCCUGGCAGCACAGAAAACAACCGCCAAACUAUCCUCCAGCGUAGAAGAAGACGCUUUACGUCAUCACGCAGCGACUGGCGCCAUCUACAGAGAAGUUUACAUCCAUGCAGAAAGGAUGUCUUGUAACACCAGCGUUACUCGUGUUCAUGUGUCAUCGGUGGGACAGGCACAGAAAGCUCCAGUCCACCUAAUGCCUUGUGAGAUAGAGCACAACGGGUCGGCCCAGGUCUCACAGUACUUGAGUGCUACCACAAAAGACCGCAAAUACGAGAAAACAGUGUCAUUCAGAGGGCGUGGCCUGAAGGGGCAGGAGCUCAGCUGUCCGCAGGGCUACACUGGCCUGGUGCUGAAAGAGAUCAACAAGCCCGGCUCUGACCAAGAGGUAAACACCACUGAUCAGCUGACCAGCAGAACAGUGAAGGUAUCCUCUGUGUUUGACAAGCUGACUUACUGGAACCUGGAGACUCCUCCAAACUCUGAUGACACAAUUGUGAUGGCCAUGGAUUGGCCAGAACUGGCUGAAGCAAUCCACGGGCCAGUAGAGGACUGAAGAGAGAUACAACUUCCAGAUGAAAGAAGCCACAGCGGUGUCACCUCACCGUGUUAGGAAUGAAAUAUACAGUUUACCGGUCACUUGCCACAGUCAGUGAUGAGACUUAAGAAAUGCUAACCAGAUUAUGAUACUGGUGCAGAGCAAUAAGUAACAGGUGUUAUGUUGAUAUUUUUGUAUGAUAUGUUGUUUUGUAGUGAAAUAAAGAAAAAGAAAAGAUCAUGUUGACUGACCAA